ACACCCUUUCUUUUUUAGCAACCCACCCACUCCAAAAAUCCGUCAGCCUUUCAUCGGGUGAGGAGCCUACUCGUCUGAUCAGACUCUUCGUCACCCCUAGCCGGCCUUGCUUUUUCCAUUCUGGAUAAGCCCUUAGUCCCAUUCUAUCCCCUGUCUAGUUCUCCACCCUGCGCGGGUCGGAGGCUGUCAGGGCUUUCUUUGGCUUCGGGUAGCCGCAGGACGCCACCUAUCCCAGUCAAAACGCAAUUCACCGCACAGGCACGCCCUCUCCCAGGCCCUUUUCGAGGCUUUACGCUGCCAGCUUCGAACGAGAUCCUUACUUAGCUCACGCCCAAUCAAGCAUCGCUAAGACGCAUCAUGAACAACCCCGCCCUGCCAAUGUAUGCUCCCCAGAACCCAGGGCAGUACGCUUUCAGCAGUCCACAGGCGGGAGGUGCCUUUCCCAUGCCCUCUACCGUCCCAUUUGACACUACCCAGACUCCGUUCCAAGCGGGCAUCAUACCAUACAAUCAACAAAGAGCAUCUCACCCUCCUCAACACCAGCAGCAUAUUCCCCAACCUCCCUAUCAACAAUAUCCGGGGCAGGCUGGCCCCUACCAACAGCCCGAUCUACAUCCCCACUAUAACCCUCAGAAUAGAGGUCAUCCAUCAAGUGGACUUUCGCCCGUUCCAGUCACGCAAGGCACAAAUCAGUCUUUCACUCCUUCGCAUUCCCAGAGAUCAACACCGACUCCUCAAGCGCAACAGAUCUCCUCUGCUCCAAGCGAAAUGAACGUCGCAGCGAACGUAGGCGUCCCAGCGCAAGCGAAUGCGAGCCUCGCUCAGCAAGCACAAAUCCAGAACGCGGCGCAAUUGGGACGUCCCAUUACGCAGCCACAGCAACAAGCAGGAGGAGUUCCGUCGCUGUCACCACAAUCUGCGGCUCGAGAGCGGGCGCGUGUAUCGGUGCUGCUUGAAAUCAACACUCAUCUGCUGCAAGAGGUGGUUUCACUACAAGCUCAAGGAAAAGCAGGCUCUACGACAGGCCAGGGACAACAGUCGCCCACGUCUCCGACGUCAGCAACCGACGCGACUAAUGCUUUGAACAAUAGCCCGGGCGACCCCCCGAAGUCUGCCGGAGGACCCAACUCAAACUCUUCGAAGCCUGCGUCACAAGAAUACGCAGAUUGUAUGCGUCGGCUACAGGCCAACCUCUCCUACUUGGCCGCCAUAGCAGAUGCCAAGAAGAAAGCGACCGGAGCCUUGCCCAGUGGACCGGCAAUCAUGGUGCCUCCACCGCAGCUGCCUCAAGUCCAUGACUUGUACAAGAAACUCAACGCCUUGUUCCCGGAAGCCGGUCAAUCGGUCGUGAAUAAAGCCGUGGCAUAUGCGGCAGCACAGAGCCAGAACCAAAACCAGAACCCUGGCACCCCGUCCCAGCAGCUUGCCUCGAUUUCGGCACAAGGUUGAACGGGAUGUUUCGGUUGUCAGUUGUUCGCGGCAUGAUAUCAUAUACUCAAUAUAGCUCACAACGAGCAAACUUUACGGGAAGCGACGAAAACACCAUGUGUCAUAAUAGAUGGCCGGCAUUUGAGGGCCGGUAGAUCCAACUC